AUGAGUAGACUGUCCAUAAAGUGUGAGAAGAACUUGGCCCUGCAGGACUCAGUGACCUUUGAAGAUAUGGUUGUGAACUUCACUAAGGAGGAGUGGGCUUUGCUGGAUUCUUCACAGAAAAAACUGUACAGAGAUGUGAUGUGUGAAACCAUCAAGAACCUGUACUUUACUGGGAGAAACUUGGAAGACCAGAGUAUUGAAGAUCAGUAUCAAAAUGCCUGGAAUAAUCUAAGGUAA